UCGGCGGUGAGAUCAUGGGAGAGUCCACCGCGCUUGGAGAAAGUGGGUUAGCAGGGUAGACUGAGAGGAAAGCAGGCGGAGAAUCAGAGCGCAGAGGGGGGGUCCGAUCAAUGGUCGUCCACUGUGACCGUGCGACUAUUCUGUCAGAAAAGUUUUGCUUCACGUUUAAAACGAUGCACUGAGAGAUUGCGAUGCAAUCCGUUGCGACUUUUUUCACUCUUUUAUUUCGCUCGGACUUGACCGAGCGAUAGGGGAGAGGAGUUUCGGGUAGUUAUUUUUCCAUAAAUUUUUGGUCGUGCUUUGCGAAGGCUGUCUGCAGCCAGGACGAAGUUAAUAUUUACGAAGCCAGUUCACUCUGGCUCCAGCGGCUUAAUCUGCUCGACCGUGUCAACUACAUUAACCACAUGUAGCCGAGUUUUACCAUCGUUCUGCCAAGAGAAAGAAAACAUCAACAUGAGAGCUCAGAUCGAGGUCAUCCCCUGUAAGAUUUGUGGGGACAAGUCCUCAGGAAUCCACUAUGGCGUCAUCACCUGUGAAGGCUGCAAGGGUUUUUUCCGUCGCAGCCAGCAGAACAAUGCCAUGUACUCUUGUUCCCGCCAGAGGAACUGCCUGAUCGAUCGAACAAACCGUAACCGCUGCCAGCACUGUCGCCUACAGAAGUGUCUGGCCUUAGGCAUGAGCAGAGAUGCUGUCAAGUUUGGUCGUAUGUCCAAGAAGCAGCGCGACAGUCUCUACGCUGAAGUGCAGAAACACCAGAAGUCCCAGGAGUGUGCAGGCUCUGCAGGCGGUGGCACUACAGCUCUGUCCCAACACAAAGAGGAAGGUGUCAAAGAGACUCUGAGCCGGUCCUACAGCAGCGGGGGCUCCAGCUCCACCCUCAGCGACCUGGAUGACAUCGAAACGCUGCCGGACCUGUUUGACCUGCCACUGACCCCCGAGGAGGCCAACGACUACUGUAGCAUGGAACUGCUCGGCGGCGGAGCCAGCGCGGGGAACACCUCCGCCUCAUCCUCUUCUUCCUCUUCCUCCUCCCCAUCCUUGUCCAAUCAGAAUUCCCCGCAGCAGACUAUGCUGGACGGGGCAGACAGCAACGGAGUCCAGCUUCUGCAUUCUCACACACAUGCACUGCUGGACCAUCUGCCUAAUGACUGCUCAACAACAGAACUUGAGCGCAUCACUCAGAGUAUUGUUAAGUCUCAUUUAGAGACGUGUCAGCACAGCGCUGAAGACAUGAAGAGAUUCACCUGGGUGCAAUACGCGCCUGAGGAAACACGUGCUUUCCAAAACAAGUCAGCAGAGUGGAUGUGGCAGCAGUGUGCCCACCACAUCACCAAUGCCAUUCAGUAUGUAGUGGAGUUUGCCAAACGCAUUGCUGGCUUCAUGGACUUGUGCCAGAAUGAUCAGAUUAUAUUACUGAAAGCAGGCUGUCUUGAAGUCCUGCUGAUACGUAUGUGCCGAGCUUUCAACGUAAACAACAGCUCCAUUUUCUUCAAUGGAAAGUUUGCCCCGGCUCAGUUCUUCAAAGCACUUGGUUGUGAGGACCUGGUCAGUGCAGUGUUUGACCUGGGUAAAGGACUCUGUCGUCUACAGCUGUCUGACGAAGAGAUGGCUUUGUUCAGUGCUGCCGUUCUGCUUUCUCCUGAUCGACCCUGGCUAACAGAAGGCCCAAAGGUUCAGAAACUCCAGGAGAAGGUCUACCUGGCUCUGCAGCACAGUCUAAACAAGAGUGGGGCUUUUGAGGAGAAACUGGACAAGAUGGUUUCGAAGCUGCCCAUAAUGAAGUCAAUCUGUAACCUCCAUGCGGAUAAACUGGAAUUUUUCCGCUUGGUCCACCCGGAGACUGCUUUCAGUUUUCCACCACUGUACCGGGAAGUGUUUGGCAGCGAUAUGACUCUGCCUGACUCCACCAACAGCUAGACAGACACAAAUAGGAGAGAUGGAGAGAGUGUAUUAAGAAGUAGGGAAACAAAAAAAAGGAGUGACAGAGAAGGAUAAAGAAAGCUCAGCAACCAGCAGUUUAGAGACAAUCCAGGACUAAAUACUCCGUCUCCCAUGAUCCCAAAGUAGUCCUCCACUUUCCCAGCAGGCAAAGCACCUUACACUACAGACCACACAUGCUUAUGGUCUCUUCAUAUUGUAGCAUUAAUAACAAUCGGAUGGGCAUCGUAAUAAUAAAAGCCCAUUCAGCAUGACACAGCUCCACGUUCUCAGACACUUAUUUAACAUCAGAUCCACUGUGGAUCACCCCACCAGUUAUGAAUGUACCUCAUCAAUAAGCACCAGUGCACAGAGUAAGAACCCAACAACAGUGAAUGUACAACCCUGCCACUUUAAUGCAGAGUUUUACACAUGGUAUUAGUCGUGUUGAUCCAUAGGUCUCACUAUCAUUACAUCUCACAGUCAAUAUGUUGUGCCUGCGUAUUCUUACAGACAAUAUCCUUGUACUGACCAUCACUUAGGGACCAAGAUCAUGAGUCUUUUUGUCUGAUAUAAAAAGAAACACACAGAUAUGAUUCACGGCUCAGGCUGAUCUCUUUUAAUCAUCAGCUUCACACACACACACACACACACACACACGCACACACAAACACGUAGACAGCGUUUGGUGCUGCCUUUUUGUAGGCUCAUGUAAUGCAAUGAGAAACCUCAGUCCCACACACCCCUUUCCUUGUAAAUGCCACUUAGAGACAGGACAAGAUGAAAUUAUCUUUAAUUUAUAUACACAUUUAUAACAAAUAUUUUAAAUGAGAAUGUAAAUAGAUGACUAUAUAAGUAUAUUGAGAGUGUUAGAAUGUGUCAGUUCAGUUCAGAGAGAAAGAUGCGUAGCAAAACGAAGGAGAAGAGAAAAAAUGGAUAUUUCAGGAAAGCCAAUAUAUAGACUCAAAUUGUUUUCUGGAUUUCUUAUGUUCCUGACAUUGAUCUCAGGUUUCCAUGGCAACAAUCCCCUCUUGCCCUGCCGGCAAAGCCCAGCUGGGUUAGGCGCGGUCAUCACGCAAGCAACGGGGCGGACAUUUUUGGCAAAUGUGACACAGCAUGGGGAGCAGAGUAACCAAACAAAGGUGAAGAAAAACAUUGCCUUCGUCUUUCUGCCCUCCCUGAAGAGACAACAGGACAAACAAGGACACUAGGGACAAAACCGAGGAUGACUUUAAGAAGUGUAUAAUAAAACCGGAUAUACAGGGUCUGCUCACCUGUUUCUAACCAGCAGUCAGUACAGUCGGUGUAGUAUAAUUGUCUUUCACUCAUAAUGUUUUAAUUGGAACAACAAUGAUCCAUAACGUGUAUCAUAAACCCUCCUUGCUGGUUGGAGCAACUGUAUUAUUUUGUACAUUUGCUGUUCCUCUCACUUUGUCCCUAUCCCAACACAUGUCCAAACACCAAGCACUUAUACUUUCCUCUUCCUCACUAGACACUAAUCUAAGGCCAGACAGAGCUAUCAGCUGCCCCCUUGAAGAUUUCAUUAUAGUCAGCCAAUCUGUUUUUUAUCUUAUAUCUGUUAUAUAAGGUCGCCCAUAAGUGUUUCCAUUUUUCACGUACAUAAAUAACAUGCUCUCUGAAGGUUGUUAUGGAUGAUGAUGAUGAUGAUGUGUUACUCGGGUGAUUUGACAUUCUUGAGCAGAGUCUGAGGACCUGCAGCUCAGGGAGCUAGCUGUCGUCUCUAGCUAUCCCUUUAUUACCAGUGUUGUCUUUUAGCCUUGAUGUCCUCACACCUUUGCACCUAAGAUGAGACCCAUAACCCUAAUCACUGUGGACGUAAGUUCUAUUUUUGUGAAUGUUGCUCACAAAGUGUCAAAGCCUUUCCCCUUUGUCCUAAUAUUGUGAAAUCAAAUUUACAAGACAUAGGAAUAAACAACCCUGCAAAUAAAUAUGUAAGUUUAAGAUGAAUUCAUUAUGGGUUAAUUGUCCUUUUUGCUGUGAUUUUCAGUUAUUUGACAAGUCUUUUAUUCACCGUUUUUAUCUGUCUCCAUUUUUCGUUGUUUGUGAUCUAUGUUUUUGGAGAAAGAUUAGGCACAAACAAAAAGUUGUCAUUUGUCUCCCUUUUCUUUCCCUGUAUGACAAAAUGUACAAGAGGUAUAUUACUAGUCCAAAAGUAACUGAGUUACUCAGCUUGAUAUAUUGUUGUCCAAUGGGAUACAUUUUAUGUGGUUUUAAGAAUGUAAUAAAUGAUUUUUUUCUUUUGAAAA